GGAGAUGCAAGGAACGUGGAUUCCUUGUCAUGAGAAUUAUCUUUUCCCGAUGAAUUCGCAUUCUCUCUUCAUUGCUUUCUCGUCCUUCCAUGGUUCUUUCUUGCCGUUUCAGACUUCAGUUGAGCUCAUUCUGGAUAUAGUACAAAUCAAUCCAUUUCCUCCUUCGAUCAAAUUCAGUGUUUUGCUGGUUUCAAUUUUUGUUGUCUGUUUCCAUUUUGUCUUCUUUCCAAUUCCAACCGCCAUAAUUUAUUAUCAUUUUGUCCGUUCAUCUUUCCCAUCACUCUUUUUACUAUUAUAUACAGUUUUGUCAUCUCAGAUAAAUUUCGCACACGAUCUUUCCCGAACAACUCACGCCCUGUCAUUAUUUGUUGGAAUCAUUGUAGGUUCUUCUGUUUGUCUAUUUGAGAUCAUGAAUCUUCUUUUGCUCUCUAUCAUUUUGUUUGAUUGGUUCCCACAGAAUCAUGGAAACUGAAGGGGUGUGGAAUUAUUGUUGUUUUUGGCGCAUUGAUAAUCGAGUGUAGGUUACAAUUUCUGCGAUUGUUUUUCCGACUUCUAAAGUUACGCAAAUGAAGGGAGAAAAGGUGAAAGGUGGAGAAGAAGAGAAGUCACAUUUAGGGGAUAGCGAUGUCGGUAGAACAAGCUUAGUUGUGAGCGAUGCGAAAAGGGUACUUGUUGGAGCAGGGGCUCGCGCUCUCUUCUAUCCCACUCUGCUUUACAAUGUCCUUAGGAAUAGGUUUCAGGCUGAGUUUCGAUGGUGGGAUAAAGUUGAUGAGUUCAUAUUACUAGGUGCUGUUCCAUUUCCUAUUGAUGUUCCCCGCUUAAAGGAUCUCGGCGUUUGUGGAGUCAUUACAUUGAAUGAGUCAUAUGAGACUUUGGUUCCAACCUCGCUAUAUCAUGCUUAUGGAAUUGAUCAUUUGGUUAUUCCUACCAGAGAUUAUUGUUUUGCACCGUCAUUACGUGACAUAUGCCGUGCUGUGGACUUCCUACAUGAAAAUGCGUCGUCUGGGAGAAGUACUUAUGUGCACUGCAAAGCUGGGCGUGGUCGCAGCACAACUAUUGUUAUCUGUUACUUGGUACAUUACAAGAUGAUGACGCCUAAUGCUGCAUAUGAUUAUGUAAAGUCAAUUCGGCCAAGGGUCCUACUAGCAUCUUCACAGUGGCGAGCUGUUGAGGAAUACUUCCACCUUACGGUGAAGAAGACAGUUUUCUAUGCUCCCACAUCCGAGUUACUAGCAGCAAAAGAUCUUAUGGUAAAAUUUGAUGAUGACGAGUCUGUAAUUGUGACAGAAUCAGAUCUUGAAGGGUAUGAAACAAGUAUCCAAUCUGGUGGUGUGGGGAGGGAUGUAUGGGCAGAUGUAAGUUUUGUGUACCAUGUUACCCUUGCUGGUCAGGCUGCUCUAGCAGGAAUUUCAUGGCCGUCUCAACCAAAGAAAAUGAGACCCAAUCAUUUUCCUUUUGGUAAGGUUGUGUCAUACUGAAACAAUUAUCUUCCAUGCCCUGUGAUCUCAAAUACAAGGCAGAAAUCUGAAUGAAAAUUAA